GUGCAGAGCUGUGUUGAGUAUGGCUUCGGCGGGAAAGGGAGAGAGAAAAUUGGCGGGAAGUAUGAAGGACAACCUGGCCGGGGAGCCCGGAGGAGAGGUGAGGGGGCCGCUGUGUGUGAUGGCGGGAAAACCGUGACAGGGAAUGUUCCCGGAUGUGUGACAGGCAUUCUAUGCCAGUACGGGGUGUCCGUGUUCCGGCACAACCCGUGUGUGAGGACAUUGGGGGCCAAGUCCUGGCUUGUGGCCGGCGUGUUUCUCCGGAGGAUCGGACCGCCAACAUAAAUGCCAUCGGUGCUGAAACAUUGAGGGACGUCGGCUGAAAGUACAUCUAUGACACGUGUCCUGCUGGGGCUGCACAUGGGGGGUCGGUUAUAAUGUAAAGCAUUUCCUGUAGUUGUGACUUCCAU